UUAUUUGUCAUUGUACGCCUAAAUGGCAACAUUUUCUCAAUCGCCUCCUCAACGUGCGACGUGUCAUGCCUAGGAAACGUGAAUGUUUGUGUGUUUGCGCGGCACAAAGUCCGGUUGAAUCCACGAUCGGCUGCCCAUCACAGACUGUCUAUCACGUUGGUAGACUGGAGCCGCCACCCUCCCGGCAUGGGUGAGCCGAGAGGACUGGACACCGGCGACUCCGGUCACGGCGAACAAAGAAUGCAAGUGCCCACCACAUUAUGGUCACCAGGUCAGUCACCAUAG